UGUUGAGAUUUCUAAAUCAAAAUCAUAAUUAACCAUUCUUCUCCCAAGUUUAUCUUGGACCAAGGCAAUGCUUCUCGUCUUAUCCAUGCUGUUGAAUGUGCUGGAAAGUGAAUUACUGUCCAACAGUUGGAUAAUUUGUUGUAUGGUAUAUUGUAUUGGACAUUUAAGGAAUAACAUAUUAAAAAAAAAUACUGAAAUGAAAAUGUUGAGAUGGAUAAGUGUUUGUUAGACUUGAUCCGAGUUUAUAGUGCUACAAGGACAAGAAGGAUGCCAAAACAGGUUUUAAGUCGAGGCUUCUAGAAAUGACUCAACUUCAUUAAACUCAAGCAAGAAUAUGGGUUAAUAUAAGUUGAACAGAGAAAAUAGACUAAUGUACUAGACCCCAAGUGACGGGGAUUACACUUGUUAGGCUGAGCCUGCUGUAGUCAGUGGCGAGGAAAUUAAAACUUCUGUUAAUGUUAUUCUAUUCUAUGUUGGGUUAUGCACAGAUUUGAUAUCUUUAGGUGUGUUAUAUAGAAGCAUAGAUUCACCUCAUGCUGAUCUUUAACUUGCUAUAUUUUCAGUUCCACAUCCACAAUGAGAAAUUUAACCAACCAAUAUUCUUGUGCAACAAUAUUUCCGGACUUGUGGAGCCUGUCGUCCCAGAUGACCAGCACAGGGCACUGUACUCAACUCAUGCCUUCAAGAUCCUCUUCAAGGAAGGGGGUUGUGGAACAUUUGUCCCUCUAUUUUUCAACUUGAUCAAGUCAGUGAGGCAGUAUAGCCAACAAUAUGCUUCUAGGGAGGAGCAGCGUGCAGAUCCUUUGCAAGCAGCACAAACUCCAGUGGAUGAAAUGAUGAGACACGCAUAUGUUGAUCCAAACGAUCCGACAAGAAUUUUUCUGCAGCAACCCACUCCAGAAUCACAGCUGAGGCGCCGCACCUAUCACUCCCAGCCCGCGGAACAUUCAAUAUAGUUUUUUUAUAUGCUUUUUUAAUUCCCAGGAAAUAUAGUUCCUGUUCUUAAUACACCAUGUUAAUGCUAUAUAUUGGAUUGUAUAUCUUUUCUUUCAACUAGAUGAUAUGCUUUAGGCAACUUUCAGUAUUGUGAAUUAUGUGAGGCAAGACCUUUGUGCGCUGGAUUAUUAGAGUUUUGUGGUUAAUAAAAUAACAUCCUCAAAAAUAUGGUUGUAUAAAUGAUCUAUAAAA